UGCGCAGGCGCCCAUCCUAGUCGGUCUUCUUGUCCUGUAAACAGAAGAGACUCGCUGCAGCACCUCCAGCUUCCGGGUCACGCCUUGACAGCGGCUUUCGCGACCCAGCUCAGCCUUGCGGUUCGGCAGUUUGGAGCAUGUGAACGUACUCUGAGCCUUGAUGAGUUCCAGUAUGUGGUAUAUUAUGCAGAGCAUUCAGAGCAAAUACUCUCUGUCAGAGCGCUUAAUCCGAACAAUCGCUGCCAUCCGCUCCUUCCCACAUGAUAACGUAGAGGACCUCAUCAGAGGGGGUGCAGAUGUGAACUGUACCCAUGGCACACUGAAGCCCUUGCACUGUGCCUGCAUGGUGUCAGAUGCUGACUGUGUGGAGUUGCUGCUGGAAAAAGGAGCUGAGGUGAAUGCCCUGGAUGGUUACAACCGAACAGCCCUCCACUAUGCAGCUGAGAAAGAUGAGGCUUGUGUGGAGGUCCUGCUGGAGUACGGUGCAAACCCCAAUGCGCUAGAUGGCAACAGAGACACCCCACUUCACUGGGCAGCCUUCAAGAACAAUGCUGAGUGUGUGCGUGCUCUCCUAGAGAGUGGGGCCUCCGUCAAUGCCCUGGAUUACAACAAUGAUACACCUCUCAGCUGGGCUGCCAUGAAGGGAAACCUUGAGAGCGUCAGCAUCCUUCUUGAUUAUGGUGCUGAGGUCAGGGUCAUCAACCUAAAAGGCCAAACACCCAUCUCCCGUCUGGUGGCUCUGCUAGUCAGGGGACUUGGAACAGAGAAAGAAGACUCUUGCUUUGAGCUUCUCCACAGAGCUGUUGGACACUUUGAGUUAAGGAAAAAUGGCACCAUGCCACGAGAGGUGGCCAGAGACCAGCAGCUGUGUGAAAAACUGACUAUUCUGUGCUCGGCCCCCGGAACUCUAAAAACACUCUCUCGCUAUGCUGUGCGCCGUAGCCUGGGACUCCAGUACCUGCCAGAUGCCGUGAAGGGCCUUCCACUGCCAGCUUCUUUGAAGGAAUACCUGUUACUUGUAGAGUAACAUGGAGGAGACACUUGUACCCUCAUAUGAGCAACUCUGGUGCUCCCGUGCAGUACUAUCUUUGGCAUGGAAAACAGGAAAAGCAGUUGUUUCUGCUGUGUGUGGUUUAUAGAUUUUGAGGCAACAUGUCACAAUAAUAACCUCCAAACCACUUCCCCUCUCCAAACCAACCAACCAACCAAACAAAACAACAACAAAAAAUCCCUCACUUUUGUUUUCUGUUUAUUGCUUCCUUAGCUUCUGAUAUAGCACCCUGCAAAAGAGAGGCUCCCCUAAUCUUCCCUUUAGGGAGUCAACAGUGUAACUGAAUUUCUGUAGGAAGAUGAAAAGUAUUUAAGGAAUGUGUGUUUGAUUUUCCUUGGGGACAUGAGUAGCCCGCCAAGACUCCCUCUAGAA